ACACACACACACAUCCUCCUCCAUCCCUCCUCUCCCUCACUCCACUUGCUGCUGAGCAAUUGUUCCAGAAAAUCAUUCUUUCAUUUCCAUCACCUGCAGGAAGCCCGGCGGGCCCAGAAUAGCACUGAUUUUCCUCCAGGCGUUUCUUUAUCGCCGCCGCUUUCCUGUGGGUUUUUUCCUUUGACUCACUUUGGCCGUCAAUAUGUUUAUUCCUGAAAUGUCCUUCAUCCCACCCCCCACCCCCCAAAUUAAAUACAGUGUUCGAAAAACAACUGUUCGAUCUUACCCCUCACCUCAAGGAUAAUUUGUUUUGAUCAAGUUAUUGCACUUUAUGUCGGUUUAUGUCUUUUCUUCCCCCCCCUGCUCACAGCAACAAGGAAUAAUUAGCUUUUCAGGAUUGCCAGAUUUGAACAUCUCUUUCAGGAAGUUCUCCCAUAAUUUCUUUAUCUUUUUAUAGGAUAGUAAAUCCACGGGGGAGCCGGUGUCACGUUUAAUGUUGUCCAGCCUCCACACGGUUUCUCCCAGCCUAUCUCUCUUCUCACUAAAUCACGACAUCCUCUCUUGAGUCUAUUGUGUAUCCUUUCCUGUGACUGCCAUCUGGGCAGCGUGAGUAUAGAGCACUGAGCCAUCACUGUCGGGCAUGCACACCACAGCAUAGGCAGUCAGAUGAUGAGGAAACCUUUUGAUUUCCCAUGAAUAAGAACUGAUUUCACACGUACUUUGAUUAAUAAUUUCCUCUGAGAUGUUAUGACUGGUCUGCAGACAGUUAUAAUGUGUUUUCACAGCCUCUGCUGCUGCCGGGCUUGAGUAAAUAGGUCACAAACAGGGGAAUAAUUUUAAAACCCAAGUAAAUACAUCCUAAGUAUAUACUAACUUCUCUAUUCAAUAGCUUGGAACAACAGUCACAUGUGCAGAGUCUGAAUCGGCUUCAUUGUCUGAGCAUGUGCACACGUACAAGUAAUUUGACUCUGUGCUCACAUUGCUCUCAUUGUACUUUGUGUACAUAAAAUAAACCUGCUGCUAGGGAGGAGGAGAACAAUAAAACUGAACAAAUAAGUAUAAUGAUGCUUAAAAAAUACUUAUACUCAAAUAUAAAGGGAUAAUGUUCCAACCGUCAAAGGUAAAGUUCAAAGUGAUCUUUAUAUGAAUCUGGGAAAAAGUAUGAAGAAAUACUUACACAGAGACUGCACUGACUGGUGGAGGCCUUUAACCGCAAAGCAGUAAUAUAAGUUUAUUAUUAUUAAAAUAAAAUAAGAGGGUGAACAUUACUUAACAACAUCAAUAGCAUCAAGAAACUAAAGCAAAAAAAAAAUACAGCAAAUGUAGCAAAAAAGGAAGGGGUCAUAAUGUUAGGUUAUCUUAUUGUCAGUGUGUGUUUGCUUACUCGAACUACAUGUAUCCAUACACAUGAUGUUUUUCACUGUAGGUCCAAUGGAAGUUUCCUUUUUUCCCUUAUCGGCCCAUGCUUAGCUCCUUGGGAAUUUUGAUGACACAAAAUGAUCUCACAUCACAGGUACAUUUCUUAAACUCCUAUUUACAGUACACACGGACGAGCACAGAGAAACCUUCUCUCUUAUGCAGAUGAAUGAAAACAACCUUGGAGAGGCGGUGGUCUAGUGGCAGAAACUUGGACUAUGGGCAGAGAAGGUCUCUGGUUCGUCUCAGGUUCAACUCCACGGAGAGACAACAAAAAACGAACCUGGAUUGAUCUGUCCAAAAAUCCAAGAGUCUCCCUACCCUGUCUAGUGCCCCUGAGCCAGGCACCUUACUCCCCCAACACAUGCUCCCCGAGCGCCGUACAUGGUCGCUCACUGCUCUGUGUGUCCUGCAGACAGAUGGGUUAAAUGCAGAGGUUGAAUUGGCCUGCCAUUGCAUGGGUGUGUUGUGCAUGCCUGUGCAUGUGUUUGGUAUAAAUAAACAUAUCUUAAUCUUAAUCUUAAUCUUAAUCUUGUAGUCAAACUCUGCAAAUAUGUCACAGGGCCAAGGGAAGAUGAGACAUUCAAGCGAAGUAAUGACAAUUGAAGCACAUGUUUGCAUGGAGGGCGACUUCAAGAGGAUAACAAAUACAUAGCAAAUUUAGUCAUUAUUUUAGUAUAAACAAAGUGUAAAAAUGACUAUAUAUGAAUAUUAAUAUUUUUGAUAAAUAUAUUUAUUUCCCAGCCUUCAUACCUUAGAUAUUUACCAUGAUAUAAAAUAUAAAGAUAUAAUAUCCUCUGGGCUCAUCAUUUGGGAUACAAAUAUAUAUGUCACAAAUACACAAAGAGAUCAACAGUCUGUCCAAAAUAGCUUCAUCAAGGUGGAUUGACCCUGAGAACGUACAGUGGGGAGUUGAGUUAAGGCUACAUGCAGUAUUGAGAGCCCCAGGUGUUAUGACAGCGAGUCACGAGAUGAGUCUGUGUCAGGAUGAUUAAAGUCGACAGUCCUGGAUUGCGUAAGUCAGGAACAAUGCUUGUUUUGAAAGGUCACCGAAGGUCCUUCACCCCCUUGUAGCACCGACUUGUUGAUAUCCGAUAUAUCAAGCGGUCAAUUCCUCUUGUAGGGAAUAUGCGUUUGCUUCCAGGAGAACACUUUGUCAGAACUCCUCUGACUUUUCUCCCGCUCUCGCUGACACACAUCCUGUUGUUGUUGAAAGGCCCGCGGCUACCAGCCGGCCACUUCAGCCUCUCUGCCCUGUUUCCUCUGCCCACUGGGCACAAGAGAGAGCAUCCUGCCAGGAAGGUCCGUCUGACACUAGCACAUCAUCUUCUCACAGUUCUCAGCUUCUCAGGUCACUCACCACUCUCUGCCAAAAGCGUGUAAAACAUCUAUUUCAGACAGUCGAAAGUAAACAAAACGCAUUACAUUUUAUAACGUGCAGUUACAUUGUGCUAGAGAUAAAUACUCCUCUGAGUAAAUUGUCUGCACCGUAAAUGGCUCCAUCUUGUGGGAGUAGACACAAACAUUAUCUUGAUAAUAAAGAGUGCACAAAAAGUAAUUCACUGUACGUUCUCAUUUAUGACGGAUUGGACUUAAUACAAAUCCACAUGUUUUAAGCUGUAAACUAUACUGACGACUCUGAGAACACAUUUCACAGCGAGGUUUUUCAAUUCCAGCUUAGAGGAGCUCCAACACGCAACAGCUAGAGAAGCGACAUUAAAACCAAAUCUUAAUGGUUAUUUUAGUGUUUUCUCGGCCAUCAGCAGCUGUGAGUGAAAGAGAUAGACGCUGGACAGACAGAGCGAGACAGAGAGAGAGAGAAAGAGUUGUGCAGCGGCAGUCUGGAAAACCUGUAAAAGGUCGGAGGGUCAACACAGAGAGAUAUAAGCCUAGAGUCCAUUAGUGGAUUAAAACCAUAACCACUCCAUGGCUACUGCAUCUCUCCUGGAUUAAAGUGACAGAGUGUGAGGGAGAGUGUGAGGGAGAGUGAGUGUGUGAGAUCGACUGGAAAGUGAGGUGAACAAAUUCGAAUGCUGAACGCUGCGCAUGUGGACCGAGAAACGCAGAGGAACACGCUGAACUGAGCUGUUUGGGUAGAUUCCAGGUGGUUCUGGCACACGUACGGUACGACACCUGGCUGAUAGAGUGAACGGACGGAGGAGCCAUGGAUGUAGACGUGGAGGGGAUUAUCCUGUGCAUUAAGGGGGGGGAUGAGAUCGGUGUUCAGACUCAGCUGCAGGAGUUCAACAAAGAGUACGCCCAGUGCUUCUUCUUCGACGCCGAGGAGCGGGACCGGAGGAAACAAAGAAAACUAGAAGAGUUCAGGCAUAAUAAAGUGAGGGAAUACGCUGAUUCUGACUCCGACUGUGAUGAGGAUAACCAGGAGGAUCGUGGCUUCAUCCUCAGACAGAAUUUAGCUGUUGUCCUCUUGAGGUUUAUUAGAACAGGAGUUAAAUGUCAUCUGCUGAGGGUGUGUGUACGCACCCUGAGGAUCCUGUCCAGGGACAAGAAGGUCUUGGGCCCCUUUGUGACGGACAAAGCUCUGCUGACUCUGGCCAAACUAGCAGGGCUGACCACAACCGAUGCCAGCGAUGAAGCCUGCGACCCCGACUCUGAUUUCUACGACAACAUCAUCGCUUCCCUUGCCGAGGCCAAAGUCCUGCACUCCGGUGUCGAGGACGAGGAGGAAGGCGACGCAGAGGUCGAGGCCAACGACCAGAGCGAAGACUGCUCGGCCAUAGACGAGGACGCCAAGAGUGAAGACAACAUCGUCAACAGCGAGGAAGUGGACAGCGUCAGCUGGAUUGGGAACCACAGGACCAGCAUCAACGAGAGGCACCGAGGCAGCAUCCAUCACAAGGUGCUGGAGCGAGGGAGGAAGGACCGCAGAGAGAGCAAAGUGGAGGGGAUGGAGGAGGAGGAGGACGGGGAGUCGGGAGAGGAGGCUCUGAGGAAAGAGGCCAUGAAGGUGUUGUGUAACGUGGUGUACAACAGCACCUGGGCACAGGAGAGGUUCAGUGCUCUCAGCCUCCUGAGUGGUCUCAUGGAGUGUCUGUCCACCAGCGUCAGCUCCUCAUCUCCCUCCAGUGUUCAGUUCUAUGAACUACGCCUGAUGUUCCUCAUCACUGCUCUGCGGCCUGAGCUCAGAACUCAGCUCCAGCAGGAGGGCGGGGUGCCAGUCCUCACAGCGGCCCUAGAGAGCGGACUGGAGGUGCAGUGGAAGGAGCAGUACGAGUGUGAGCUGCAGCCGGUGGCAAAUCCAAUCUCCCUGGAAGCCUCCCAGCGUGUCAUAGAGAUACUGAAAAUCCUCUUUAACAUCACCUACAGCAGCCACAGACAGGAGCCAAGCGAGGAUAAUGCAGCUCUUUACCGACACCUGGUGGCCAUCCUGCGUCUCUGCCUGAUGAGGAAGUGCACGCUGUCAAACGACACUGAUGAGCUGCAGAGUCACACAGUGAACCUGUUGUCGGCGCUGCCCCUCCAGUGUCUCGACGUGUUGCUGGUGGCUCCUCGGGAUCCGGACUCGGAGCAGUGCCCGGGGGUCAACAUGGACUGUGUGCACAUCCUGCUGACAUUCAUGGAGAGACGCCUCGAGUCGGGUGAUAAAAUCAAAGAGAAGCUGACACCGAUCCUCAAUCUGCUGACAGAGAGCUGCAGGGCCCACAGGGAAACACGCCACUACAUCAGGAAACAUAUCCUGCCUCCUCUGACGGACGUAUCCCACCGGCCAGAGGAAGGCUCAACGGUGAAGAAUCGUCUGAUCCGUCUCAUGACUCACCUGGAUACAGACGUCAAGCACUGUGCUGCAGACCUCCUCUUUGUCCUCUGCAAGGAAAACGUGAGGCGUUUUGUCAAGUACACAGGUUACGGCAACGCAGCGGGCCUGCUGGCCACCAGGGGGCUGCUGUGCGGCCAGGGGCACAGAAUGUCCAGCUCUGCCGGCCGCUAUUCCAGCGACUCCGACUCUGACACCGAGGAGUACCGGCAGGUCAAAGAUCGCAUCAACCCCGUGACGGGCCGGGUGGAGGUGGAGCAUUCGAACCCCAUGGAGGGCAUGACGGAGGAGGAGAAGGAGGAGGAGGCCAAGACGCUGAUGAUGCUCUUCAACAAGCUGUCCAGAAGUAACAACGUUCAGACAAUGGGAGUGGACUCAGAGGGGAAGCUGGUCCAACUGUCGGGCCUGAGGGAGAACUCCCUCGGUGAGGAGAUGAGGUCUGAGUCAGAGAAUGACGGAGAGGCAGAGGAAGGAGAGAAGAACUGAAACAUGUCAAAGUCCCUCAAUCUAAUUAUUUUCGGUAUUUCUGUUUCUUCAGUUUGAUAUGAAAGUUAAGGGGUUUAGGGAACUGCACACAAGAAAUUAUGUAAAAAUCUAUUUGUGAUUUUAUUUAUUUGAGUUAAUAAUUAUAAGAAGAAUAUAGAGCCAUUUAAGGUCACAGUGGUUUGAGUCAAGAAUUGUAUUCUGAAUUGAGAGUAGGUCAUGAUAACAUGAUGAACAUAAAAUAUUUUAAUAAAGUUUUGAAAUCGU